GUGGCGGCCCGCCGGUCUAGGCAGCCGCGGCUCAGGGGAUGUUAGAGGCGCGCUGGGCGGUUGCGGAGCAGACGUCGCGCUUCGAGUUGCGAGCUCCGGUCUUCUGCCAUGGCCCCCGCUCCGCCCCCGGACACCUCCUUCUCACUCGCCGAGGUCCAGCAACGUCUUGCUGCCGGCUUCUGCUGGGUCCGCUGCGGGGCCCGCCUCUACGACCUCACCGGCUUCUUGCGGCAGCACCCGGGGGGCGAGCAGCUGCUGCGGGCACGGGCUGGCCAAGAUGUUAGCGCCGACCUGGACGGGCCGCCGCACCGGCACUCGGCCAACGCGCGUCUCUGGCUUGAGCAGUAUUACGUGGGCGAGCUGCAAGGAGACCCUCAGAGCUCCACGGAGAAUGAGGCUGCAGGCUCUGCAAACACUCAGAAGACAGACUCAGCCAUGGAACCAAAACUCAAAGUCGUGGAUUGGGACAAGGACCUGGUAGACUGGCAGAAGCCCCUACUGUGGCAGGUAGGCCACUUGGGAGAGAAGUAUGAUGAGUGGGUCCACCAGCCAGUGACCAGGCCCAUCCGCCUCUUCAACUCAAACUUCAUCGAGUCCCUCACCAAGACUGUCUGGUACAGUGUCCCCGUCAUCUGGAUCCCCCUGGUGCUGUACCUCAGUUGGUCCUACUACCGAACCCUUGCCCAGGGCAACGUCCGACUCUUCACAUCCUUCACCACAGAGUACUCAGUAGCGAUGCCUGAGUCCGUGUUCCCGGGCCUCUUUGUGCUGGGGAUGCUCUUCUGGAGCCUAAUAGAGUACCUCAUCCACCGCUUCCUAUUCCAUAUGAAGCCCCCCAGCAAAAGCUAUUACCUCAUCACGCUGCACUUCAUCAUGCACGGCCAGCACCACAAGGCACCCUUUGAUGAGUCCCGCCUGGUCUUCCCCCCUGCGCCAGCUUCUCUGGCUAUCGCCUUCUUCUACUCAAUCUCACAGCUCCUCCUGCCCGAGGCGGUGGGGGGCACCGUGUUCGCUGGGGGCCUCCUGGGCUACGUCCUCUAUGACAUGACCCAUUACUACUUGCAUUUCGGCUCGCCGCACAAGGGCUCCUACCUGUACAACAUGAAGGCCCACCACGUCAAGCAUCACUUUGCACAUCAGAAGUCAGGAUUUGGCAUCAGCACUAAAUUUUGGGAUUACUUUUUCCACACCCUUAUGCCGGAAGAACCCCACCCGAAGAUGCAGUGACAACUCCCCCCCUGUUGUGGCCCCUGUCCUGUCCCCGCCCCAUCCAGAUACUGAAAAGACCGUUUGCUUGGCCAGGCAGAAUGGGCUUUGUCUGGCCCUCGGGCUUGGUGGAGGGUGCUGGGGAGCCCCUGAAGACCAGCCAGCCUCCUGUCCCACCACAGAAGGGUCAUGUCCACUUGGUGGCCAAAUGGCCGUCGAGGACUAGCUCUUUCCUGCAGCAUUCCGGCCUCUCCACCAGCACCCCUGCCCGAGCCUUAGCCCGCAGGACUGCUUUCGGGCCUGAGCAACAGUGUCAGCCCCAAGGGGAAUGAAGGCAACGGACCCCUGUGACUGACCCCCUGACAGGCCUGUGUCCCACUUGUGUCUUAGCGCCUUGUGCUCCCUGGGAGCCGCCCCCACUGUGGAGCUGCCAGUGUUCACACAGAGUGGGGUCUGCAGGGCCUCUGGCCCUAGUCUUCCCCACUUGCCCUUCCUGGGGACGAUGCUGCUUUCCGGAGGAGUAGAGAACUCUGAGGUGGAUGAAGGGCUCUCACAAGAAGAGAUAGCAUGAUGCCUCCCCCAGGCCACCCCAGAUCCCAGGCAGUGCCUUUGUCCAAACUAAUGCCAGCUGUACCACCAGAUGCCUCAGGCUGAGACACAUGCAGCACCCACAUGCCAGGCCCUCACCUGCCUGUGUAGACGGGCCGAGGGUAGCUGGCAUGGGCCUCAAGGCUGGCAGAAGCCCAGGCCCCUUUCUUUAGGAACCAUCAGCUGCUCUAGCCAUCUCUUCCUGCCUCCAGAAUCAAAGAGCAUUUCUCCAAUCGAAGCUAAAGAGGCCUCUCCAUGGGUGGGAGCCCCGCCCCAUCCUCAGCCAAUCUUGAUCUCCACAUGGCACGGGGCCCCUGCCCCCCCACUCAGGACCCUUCCAGUUAGUGCCUCCUGAAGCCAAGAAGGAGCCUUUAUGUGGUGCCUUAGCUCCCUCCCCCUUUGCUCCCCUGCUCCCCCCGCCCCCCCCCAGCAGAUGAGGCUCCAGCCCCUUCAUCCUCAUAACCAAAACCCUCACUGCUCAUCAGAGGGUCUUAUUUAUAAACGAUCUAAAUGUCCUUAGUCUGGCCCCAGACCGAGUAGCUGUUCAGAUUGCCCUUUCUAAUCCUAUGUGUCGAGCUUAUGUAAAAAUUUUUCCUGUUUUUGUUCCCUUCUUACCCACAAACCGUUACUACUUGAAACUUUAAAAAAAAACUCAAGCAUAAAGGCUAAUGAGAAGCAGUUUGACCGAUCCUGUGAUUUGUACUGUUUACUGUGGAGUUAUUUAAAGAUUUUGAAAUAAAUAUAGAAACUACAGUUGUGAAAUAAAGGUGUAAAUAAAUUGUAUAUUUUGAAAAAUAAAAACAUUGAAAAAAGAAACCAA